CCAGUAGAAAUAGAUCAUAACGAAGGAGAUAGCGCACCAGUAGAGGGGGCAUCAAGAAACUGUGCUGGAGGCAAUCCUGGCGUUCAUCAACAUAGGCAUUUACAUCAUCAUCUUCAUCAUUAUCACCAUCAACCUCCACGACUACAUCAUUUUACUCCUACUCCAGGUGUACAUGUGUCGUUUGGACACAAUAUCACCCAGCAGAUGCCUGAAAUGAUACCACCACUAUUCCCGACUAGACAUUUCCCACCGAUGUUGGGACGCGUUAACGUCAUGUCUAGAACCGCCAGAUUAAUGUUUGGCAGACCAACAUAUGAGGAACUGGUUAACUUAGAGGAUAGAUUAGGUCAUGUCAACAGAGGAGCUUCACCCACUACAAUAGAACGUCACACUUUCCCCCAUAAAUAUCAAAAGGUGAAAAGAGUGUCAGACUCGGAAGAACCUGAGACUGAGACGGAUAAAUGUACAAUAUGCUUGUCACAAUUUGAAGUAAACGAUGAUGUUAGACGUUUACCAUGCAUGCAUCUAUUCCACAUUGCCUGUGUUGACCAGUGGUUGGCGACCAAUAAACGUUGCCCUAUAUGCCGUGUGGACAUAGAAACUCAACUUACAAAAGAUCCUUCAUAGAAGUUCACAGCAUUCUGUAUAAUAAUAGUAGAAGAGGAGAAAUAAAACUACAUUGUGAAGUGUACUUUCAGACAUGCAUUCGUCUGAACCAUGUGUUCGUACAUGUUGUGUGUAGGUGUAGGAGUAGUUGUCUGUAUUUACACAUAUAGAUAUAUAUUGAUAUCUAGUGUUAUAGAAUGCAUGAAGAAGGCAAGAUUACUCAGAAGAAGGUUCUGGAUGUUGGCUCAUACACUGACGCAAUCUUCACGGAAAGCGUCCUGCCAUGAAACACCACAACAUUAGUAAUCCAGUUUCAGUUACUGUUAACCAUAAAGUAACAUAAUUUGUAAGCAAUGUACGAAACAAACUUACAGGAAAGUCGCCAAACCACACCCCCCCCCCCCUCCCCGAUCUUCGAUAAUUAACAAAUUCCCUCAUAAAAUUAAAGUGGUUUACUGCACGCCUGAAAUUUUACUUUAAGAAUUCAAGCAUUGAUUGAAAUUUCAAAUCAGUG